CAACUUCUCUCUCUCUCUCUCUCUCUCUCUCUAUCUCUCUCUCUCUCUCUCUCUCUCUCUCUCUCUGGAGCCAACUAUGCCCAUCAUACAACUGGGGUUUUUUCUUAUCUAAUAGAUGUAAAACUUAUAUGGUACCAAUUUUGAUGCACUUGUAUGAUUUCUGGAGUCUGUACUAGUCAUGUUCAUGCAAAUAUUGAUUGAUAACGUAAACCAUUUCUUCAAAGAACAUGACUCAUAUAUGGUUGGGAUUUUUGAAACUCACGAUCAUUUACGUCAUGAUGAAUUUUGCAAUAACAGGAUGUAGAGAAAUGGUACAUGUAUGUGUAAGCUGCUGGGAUUAAAAUUAGAGUGUUCCGUCAGGAAUACAAAUCUGACAACAGAAAAAUACAGACCCCAGCUGGAAGUACCGAGGUGGAUAGCGAUUUGAUAUUUCAAAUAUACACCUCAUGAUGCCUUCACGCUUACCAGCGACCUACAUGUAUAUAAUCUUCUGAUAGCUCUCUCCCGAACACAAAAUGAUGGCCACCCUUCUGAUGAGGACAGGCCUAAAUGUCUGAAACACAAUUCCGUGUAAAGGGGAUACCCUCCACAUUUAUUAUAUUUAUGCUGCUGAACUUGGGUGUUCUACCUUCUUCACAACAGCGACAUCACAGAGCAGUGAAGUCGCCAUGUAGAGAAUCUGUCAAGACAAUGACAGAAGUAAAAACAUGCCCCACAGAUAAGCAAGCGUGGGAUGAGCGGGCCAGAUUGAAGAAAUGUUGGGAUGUUCCACACAACUGCUCUGAUACACAGUUAUCCUAUCAUUGUGUAUUGGAUGAAGUUGGACAUAGCUUGGUGGAAGUUUGUGCUUUAUGGACAGAAAUCAUAGGAAGAAAGUGUGCCGAAUUUAACCCGGGUGGUAUGUUUGUACAAGAGCACUAUGAAAAUAGUUGCAGAAGUUGUCCAUUUGUCUACAAUUCCAGUAUGGGCUUUUUGUAUGGCGAAUGCUUUGAUUUUGCUGUAUUUCAAUUUACAACGGAUGGAUCUAGUACUCAACAACAAACGGAAAAGGGGAUCAUUGACAUGACAAAUUCGACUGUAAAAAAUUUCUCACACCCCAAAGAGCCCACUGCAGAUUCUCUAUACUAUGCCGUCCCAUUGGGGGUCACUUUUCCUUUUGCAAGUUUCGGAUUUCUGUAUCUAUAUUACAGAUACUGUAGCAGGCAACGAGAUUUAAAAUGUGCAAAGACUAAGGCUGCGGAACCAUUAGAUUCUCUAAAUGCACAGGAUCAUCCCGUAAACCAGGACGUUGAAGAUACAGCUGAUAUAAACAUUGAUCCUACUUCAUCAAGAACACCUUUGAUGCUUUACACGAAAGGAGUGGACGAAGGAGAUGAUGAGAGGAUACAUGUUUUACCAUCCGGGAUUACUUUAUACAGCGAUACAGCUGAAAUAAAUACGAUUCCAUGUUCAACAGAGGAAACACCAGCUAUUCCACUGAACGAAGAACUCAACGAAUCUCAGGUACAACAAUGCCAGCAUCUUUUGGAAAUCUUAAAUCAAGAAAUUAUGGAUACCACCAUAAAACAAUCUGAGCACCCAGACGUUGCCAGUGACAAGUUGCAAGAGCAAUUGGUCAAUAAAUUUGGACAUUCAUAUAUUGUUCCUGCAACCUCCGAAAGUCUCGAAACUCUCAAAGAAUAUUUACAGCAUAAGCGCAUGCUCAAGAUUUACAUCAAUAGAGAAAAGCAGAUACAAAUUGAAGUUAUGCCGCCUGAGUGAAUUUCUACUACACCUGCAAUAUUAUUGAUAUAUACUGGAAGGGCAUUUUUAUAUAUGAGAAAUUCACUAUUAUAUGGAUACCCACAUCCGCCCCUGCCCAGGGUUGGAACUCACGACCUCCGAAACAAAAUAUCUUAGCAGCGUGUGCCCAUCGCGCAAGACAGCUCGAUCAUCUAGGAAAGUCAAAGAACUUGCUUUCGAUGAUGAUGGAAAUCUCGCCACGCUGUUACAUCAUCAAGAAUGGAAAUAGGAGACAGUAAUUGGAAUAUAUAUAUAUAUAUAUAUAUGUGUGUGUGUGUGUGUGUGUGUGUGUGUGUGUGUGUGUGUGUG